AUGGUUCAUCGUCAAGAAUGGAAAAUCAUAGCCGAUAUAAUGGCUAUUUUGAUUGAUAUAUUUAAUCUUGCUGAACAACUCGGUAUUUAUUUUAUUUCUAAAGAAAAUGAUUUUGAUGAAAGUGCACAGCAACGUUUCUUUUUUAUAUUGUUUGCUGUUGGUGGUGCUUCGGUAUUCAAACCUUUAUUAGUUCAUCCAAUUCUAUUUGUUUUAUUCGGUAUAUCAAUUGAAAUAGGUGAAUUAGUAUCAUAUUUAAAAUUAUUAUCAAAUACAACUAGUUUACUUGUUGUUGCCAUUUUAUUUUUUACUUUCGAAGUUAUUUUUCAUUUAAUUAGUUUAAUCGGUCUUUUGAGAGAAGAAAAAGAUUAUUUUAAAGAUUUUGCUAAAAACUGUUGUACAUUACCAGGACGUGUAUUUUUAUAUGGUUUAUUAUUUGAAACACAAAUAUUAUUCUUAUUUCUUGAUUCUCAAUCAUCAUUUCGUCAAACUUUCUAUGAAGUUUUAAUGAUAUUAGUCACGUUUUUUGGUUUAUCUGCAAUAGAUAAAGGUGCAAAACGUUGCUGUCUUAUGAAUGAAGAUGAAGAUGAAAAGUCUUUAUAUACUGUAUGGGAAGCGAUCUUAGCAUUACUGAGCGCAAUAGAAGCUCCUAUUAUUGUAAUAACUGCAGUUGUAUAUGCAAGUCAAGCACUUCAGCAUAAAGAACAAUUAAAAACAUAUGAUUUUGUUAUUUAUAUUAUUAUAAUAAUCACAUAUGGAUCAGCUCUUCUUUCAUUGGCACUAACAAUUUUAUGUGCUCUAUGUUUAUGUGCAGGUACAUGUGUUAAAGCUUUAGUUGACUGUUUUUUUCAAAAAUAA